AUGAAAUAUAGAUUUAAAUUAUUAUUCAUCUUUUUAUUUUUGGUUUUUUUUCUUUUUCAUUUUACUUUUGCAACAUCGAAUCAAAAAGAACAGUCAACAACAACAACAAAAAGUAAUAAUGAUAUCAUAUCAAAUAAUAAACCAUCACAAUCAAAAUUAUCAAUUAAUGAUAUUAUAAACAAAGGUUAUGACGAUUGGUCAAAAAGCAAACAUACUCAUCAAAAGGUAACCUCUAACAAGUUUGUUGAAUCAUCAUCAUCAUCAAGUCUGGAUCAAGGUUCAAUUGGAGGAUAUAAAUGUCAACAUGAUGUUGUAUCAAAAGAUAUUGAUGGAAAGAUUAAAGAAGGUUUGAAACAUCUUAAAGAAGAAGAUUUACCACCUCCACCACCUCCUUCUUCUUCUUCUUCAUCUUCCUCUGAAUCAUCUUCAUCAUCAUCCUCAUCUAGUUUACCGAAAGGCUUUCUAAAAGCAAGCAAGAUGGUAAAUAAUGAAGAGGAUGUUGUAGAAUCUACACGUCAACCAAUUCGUAUUACAUUUGAAUCAAUUAUUGAAGCCGAUACUUUUAAAUGCACGACUGUUGGACAACAAGUUCCUACGGGUCUAGCCACAGCAUCAAAAUCUUGUAGUACAGCCACUGCAAACGAUGCAUCAUGUAUGUACACUUGCACCAGUAAUGAUUUGGUUACCAAUCAAGUCAUUGAAAACAUCAACGUUGUCAUGGCCAAUAUGAGAGAGCUCUUUGCCAACCUCUUAAUGGUCGAUCAAGUAAACCCUCUCAAAUUAAACUCUUUUGUUUGGAGUCAAUUAAAUCAAGAAUGCGAUUAUGGUAUCCCAAUUAAUAGUUCAAUGAUUGCUGAUGGUAUUCAAAAUACUGAUAUCAUUGUUUAUGUUACUUCUAGACCAACUACAAGUACUUCAACGAUUGCAUAUGCAAAAGCAUGUAAUUUUAAUGUAUUUACAUUAAAUAGAAAACAAAUUUAUGGUAGACCAUUGGCUGCAACAAUCAAUUUUAAUCCAAUUUAUUUUAAUGCAAGUCCAUCUCGUCUAACUUUUAAAGAAUAUGUUCGUGUUGGCAUUCAUGAAAUGACUCAUGCUCUUGGUUUCUCUAAUAUGUUUUAUUCAAGUUAUCAAAAUCAAAAUGGUUUAUAUCAAAAUCCAUUAAUAGGAUUAACACAAACAGGUAAAACACCAAAAGGAGUAUCAUAUGAAAUUGAUAGAUUUGCAAUCAAUUCUACAUCGGUUUUGGAGUUUGCACAAGAUCAUUUUGAAUGUAAUCAGGCGUUUGGUGUUCAAUUGGAGGAUUCUGGUGGAUCGGGAACUAGUUAUAGUCAUUGGGAAAAGAGACAAAUUGGUGAAGAAUAUAUGCUUGGUUAUGUAGCACCCAUCAUGCCAAUCACAGGUCUUACCUUGUCACUCUUGCAAGACACUGGUUGGUAUGAUGUUGCCAUGGACAAGGCAGAACCAUUGCUCUUUGGUAAAAAGAUGGGUUGCGACUUUAUGACUCAAUGUACACCCGACUCUUGGAACUAUCAAGGUUACUUUUGUAAUAAUCCUGGAAAAAGGGGAUGCACUCCCACUAGAAUGGGAAAGGGUGUGUGCACUAUUUUCCAAUAUCAAAAUGACUUGCCAGCGGCCUAUCAACACUUUACAGACACAAAAUUUGGUGGUGAAUAUGCGGCCGACGCAUGCCCGCUCUACCAAGUUCCCGACAAUUACCAACUGGGUGUCCAAUACUGUGUCGAUGUAUCUCAAACUGGAAACUCUGACGUGCACGAAGUCUUUUCGGACAAUAGUCGUUGUUUUGAAUACUCGGACAAUGGAGAUGUCAAACAGGCCUGUUGGGAGUUUAAAUGUCAAGGCACUCAAGUCUCUGUCAAUGUCAAUGGAGUGUGGAAUCUUUGUCCAGAUGCUACCAAUAUCACUGUCUCUGGUAUCAAUAUUCUCUGCCCUCAUGGCUUUGUAGAAUGUGGUGCUACCCCAACAAAGGUGGAAAUUGACUCGCUAUCUUCAUCUUGCAAUACUCUCUUGCCACAAAAAUUCAACAUCUUUGGCUUUAUCUUUUUAUUAUUCAUUGUAUUUUUAUCUUCAAACUUUAUUAAAUAA